AUGGAAAAAAGAGGGCGUCGGUCGUGGCUCAAGUCACUGCAGUGGCUUGUCUUCUGUUUCGUCUUUUUGUUCCGGAGUGAGUCUUUGGGGCAAAUACGAUAUUCCAUUUCGGAAGAACAAGAGGAUGGCGCGGCCGUGGGGAACAUCGCCAAGGAUUUAGGAGUGGAUCUGAGGGCAAUGAAGGAGAGGCAAUUCCGUAUCGUUUCAAGCUCGGGCGAAUCUCUUUUCCGUGUGGACGAGAACGGGGUGCUGCAUGUGGAUGGGAAAAUAGACAGAGAGCAGGUUUGCGACCGAAGCAGCGUGUGUUUGAUUAACCUGAAAACCGUUUUGGAAAAUCCUCUAGAGAUCCAUUACGUUGAAGUAGAGAUUGUAGACAUAAAUGACCAUGCCCCGACCUUUCUAGAAUCAGAGAAACGUUUAGAGAUAUCAGAGUCUGCACAACGUGGGGCGCGUUUUCAGCUUCAGCAAGCUCGUGAUCCAGACGGGGGCAUUAAUUCUGUUCAGCUUUAUAAACUCAGCGACAAUGACCACUUCCGUUUAGAGGUGAAAGAUCGUGGCAAAGAUGGCAAAAUCCCAGUUCUGGUCUUACAAAAGCCUUUAGACAGAGAGACAAGUCCAGUCUAUAAAUUAGUACUUACAGCUUUUGAUGGAGGGAAACCAGUAAAAACGGGCACUGUUAACAUUAUCAUUGAUGUGAUCGAUGUAAAUGAUAACGCACCCUUUUUCACGGAGGAUGUAUACUCAGUGACAUUAGAAGAAAAUGCACCUAUUGGAUCAACAGUGAUACAAGUAAAUGCAACCGAUUUAGAUGAAGGUCUCAAUGGAGAAGUUAUUUACUCAUUUGGAAAUGAAGUAAAUAGCAAAUUACGCGAGCUUUUUGAUUUGAAUUCAGUCAGUGGAGAAAUUACUGUAAGGGGACAUAUUGACUUUGAGGAAAAUGAUAUUUACCAGGUAGAUAUACAGGCGUCAGAUAAAGCAAUCGCAUCUUUAACCACUGAUAAAACUGUAACUAUAAAAAUCGUUGACGUCAAUGACAACACACCUGAGAUUGAGGUAACGUCUUUUUCAAAAGCUAUUCAAGAAGAUUCUAGACCUGGAACUACAGUUGCACUCAUCAGUGUUACUGACUUAGAUUCUGGGGUUAAUGGUAAAGUGAUUUGUUCUGUAAAAGGCGAUUUGCCUUUUAAAUUAAUGCCAUCCUUAAAACACAACAUGUAUGCUUUAGUAACAUCAUCCCUUUUGGAUAGAGAAGAUGUGUCCCAAUAUGACGUUCCUUUAAAAGCCACAGACUCUGGCAGCCCUCCAUUGUCAUCCAUGAAAACAAUAACAGUUAUGGUGGCUGAUGUCAAUGACAACAGUCCUGUGUUUUCCCUAAAUCCAUAUACGUUUUACGUGGCAGAAAACAACGUUCCAGGAGAUGCCAUGUUUUCCAUUACUGCUUCUGAUAGAGAUGUAGAUGAAAACGGAAUCAUACGCUAUCAGAUAUGCCGCCAGUGUGAAGAAGAAAGCAAAUACACCUCCUUUUUGAAUAUCAAUGCUGAAAGUGGAGAAGUUUACGCGCUUAAAAGCUUUGACUAUGAAACUGUGAAAACUUUCCAGUUCCACGUGUUGGCAAGGGAUGAUGGAAAGCCACCUCGUGAAAGCAAUGUCACAGUGCACGUGUACGUUUUAGAUCAAAAUGACAACCCGCCUGUCAUUCUGUAUCCCGUCAGCUCAAACGGCUCCUAUGAAGGCACAGAAGAACUUGCGCGUAACGUUAACAUGGGUCAUUUUGUGACAAAAGUCAGGGCGUUUGACCAAGACGUGGGAUACAACGGAUGGCUGUUGUACUCUAUUCACCAAAUGACUGAUCACACCCUGUUUGGUCUGGAUCGAUACACGGGUCAGAUAAGAACUCUGCGUGCGCUCACUGAAACAGACGAACCUGAACAUAAACUUUUAAUUCUCGUAAAAGACAAUGGGAACAUCUCGCUCUCAGCCACUGCGACUUUGACUAUCAAAUUAGUAGAACCCAAAGAGGCUUUUGCUGCUUCUGACGUCCAGGGCCCAGAUAGCACUGGAGAGGAGAAUGACGUGACAUUUUAUCUCAUCAUAACGCUGGGGUCCGUGUCCGCACUCUUUCUCAUCAGUAUCAUUGUGCUGGUCGUCAUGCAAUGCUCCAAGUCACCAGACUAUGGCUCCAAGUACUUGCAGGACACCAAUUACGACGGCACCCUGUGCCACAGUAUUCAGUACAGAUCUGGAGACAAGAGGUACAUGCUGGUUGGACCCAGGAUGAGUAUUGGCUCGACUCUUGCUCCAGGUAGUAACGCCAAUACACUGAUGUUGCCAGAUAGAAGACGAGCGUCUGGAGAGCUUGGCGGAAAAACGCAAAGGUUUUUGGUCCUGCCCAUCGCAAGGGUAAAAGCAAACUGGCUUGGCUACUACACUAUCGCAUCACUGUCUUGA